AUGAAGUUGUUGGUAGCCUUGUGUUUGGUUGGGGUUGUGGCCGCUAGAGAUAAAGAGCUUAUCAAUGUGUUCAAGUACUUGCUUGGAGGAGCGAAUGUGAACGCCAGUGAUGAUGCCACUUCUACGAUUCACUCAAAGAUGUUGCAGUACAAAAUUGAUGUAAGCUGGUUAUACUGUGUGUUUAUAGAGGUAUAGGCUAAGCUUAUAGUACUGCAUGCUUAUAUAGGUACAGACUGUAUAUUUAUAGAGAUUCUGGUACGGUAGAAGCGCUGUACGCCUAUAUGAGUACAGUAAAGGUACUGACCGUUUAUAUAAGUACAGUAGGAGUACAGCAGGUUUAUAGAGAUACGGUAGAAGUACUGUAUAUAUAUAAAAGUACAAUAAAUGUACUGUAUGCUUAUACAAGUACAGUAUAAGUAUUGUAUAUUGAUACAGGUACAGCAAAGAUACUGUAUUUUUAUAAAAGUACUGUAUUUCUAUAGUUGAAACACUGAAUGAUGUAUAGGUAAAGCAGAGGUACUGUAUUUUGACACAAGUACUGUAGAAGUACUAUAUGUCUAUAUAAGUACAGUACAAACACUGUAGCUCUAUAUAAGUAGAAGUACUGUAUUUUUAGAUAAGAACAGUAUAAAUACUAGAAGUAAUUCUGAAUCAAUUUAAAAAAUUGUUUUAGGCUGUUGAACUAGGCGGUAAAUACAAGAUCUACGACAGCAGUGUUAGCAAAUUGUUGUCGGAAACAAAUGACGCUAUCGAAGCCAUUCCCUUGAACGCUUCAGCACCAGGUGCUUCAUUGGCAGUUGCCAUCGCAAAAUACAACAGACUGCAUGCUGCAUUGGCCGCUGUAGCCACAUCAGAAGAAAUGUUCUUCCUCGACUUCAGUCUCAAGCUUCUGGAGAGUAUGAGCGUGGUAAGUAUAGUAUCCGAUACAAAACUUUAAAAAUUUUUUUUAAUGUACAGGGUUGUGUACAGCUAUUUGCAUAAUUUCAAAAACUUUAAAAAUCAUUUUCAAAUUCCAGCUCGGACAAUACCAACACCGCGUCGACCUUAUCGUAGGCUCGCUGAGAGCUGGAAACGAGCCGGUUGCCCCAGCUCAAAUCCGUCCAAUCUUUGUCAACAUGGUCCUGGAAGCCUAUCAAAUCGCCGCCAAGAACAAGAAAUUGAACCCAACUGCCGUUUUGAACGCCACUGCCGUCGCCUUGGACAACAUUGAUGCUAGUCAUCCGUUAGGCACUGGCCUUCGUCUUUACAUUCAGUCUUUGAGAGCCUUGGAAUCGGCUAUUUACACCCAACAAAACGAGGUCUAUAUUGGUCAUGUUGUGCUGAAGAAGCUGAUCGAUGCCUUACAACGUGCCAAGAACCGUCAAGACGACUACCUUUUGGACGGUUUGAGGGGUGAAGCCUUGUCUAUCUACGAACGCAUCGUCGAAAACUUGAAGGACUUGAAGGAAGAAAUUCGUAACUAA